CUUUAUGCAUUGAAUACAUGAAAUUCAUUGAAAUAGAUGGAAGAAUUUGGCACUGGGUGAAUGUCUGAACCUAGCUGUAUGCAUCAUAGUGCUACCAAAGUGGGGGAAGGGAAAAUCCAUGUAUACAUUGGUCCACCGUCAUCUCAAUCAUUUUGUUUUACCUGAAACUAAGACACUCAGAGACACACAGAGAGAUUUUAAAGUUAUAAAUUAUGGUUACUUUUGAUCAGAAGCAUAUAAAUCAAGAGUACAAACUCUGAAAUUCAUCAGGUGGCUGAACUUCUAUAAGUCAAACAAUUGUUUUCUAAGAUAGAAAUGAUGACUGAAUUGGAAAGUUUUGACAUUUUUAAAAUUCAAGGGGCUAAAGUGAUUUUCUUUUUAAAAAUUAUUGGCUACAGAGGGACAAAUAUGCAAAUGUUGGUGCUUGUAGUUUCUUUUUCAGUUAUCCACUGCACUAUUAGCAGGAACAGGCGAUAUGUACUCUUUGGCCUUUGAAUUCAUGUUUAUCUAAAAAUAAACCUGUGUUAGUUUCUAUAAAAUGCAAAGUCUUAUUACCCCUGAUGGCAUUGCAGUGGUGUUUCUGCUUUUUCAUGAUGUUGGAUGAUUCAUUACUUUUUAACACCUUCUAUGCCACAUCCUGACUGAGAUAGCUUAAUGUGAGAAAAAGCGCCUGACACUGUCAGCAAAUUUGAGCGCUGACUGUGUGGCAAGAGAGAUAAGACCAAAGUGGGUUAAAGUUGUUGUUUUUUUUCCUUUUGUUGUUUUUUCUUUUUUACAUUUUUGAAGAUUAGUUAGAUUGAUAUUUUGCUGCUGUAUUUCUUUGUUGUUGGCUAAAGAUUCUCAAAUAUGUAGGGGUACGUGGGUGGAAAAUUUAACAGAUGAAGGUAUUUGGGACCAAAUAGCUCUGGGAACUCUCUGGUGGGCGCCUGACCAUUAGAUCACUUAACUACAUAUCUUCUAGGUUUCUCCUGCUUUCAUUUGCACUGACAGUAGAAAAAUGAUGCAGUGGCUAGCUUCUAAUUGGGAUAGCAGAAGUUACAACCACAAUGACAAGAUGGUAAAUUGCAGCUGUGUGCUUGUGGCAUUUGGGGUACUGUGACUGCUUGCUCUUAACUUGGCCAUCAGACAGAACCAUGCUUAAAUGUCACACCAUCACAUUAGAGUAUCACAUGUUAGUUUGCUAUCAGCCUAAAACACAGAGCCAGGGUAGCCAUUUAAGUCCUUUUGUAAUGCAACAGAAAGUCAGUGAUCUUCUACAGCUUUAUUACAGUGCUGCAGUCCACUCUUAUCUCUGUCGUUUCCCUUAAAAGUCCUUAGUAUAAUCCAUGAUCGCUGGAUACCUAAUGUUACCCCAUACUGCAGCAAAGAUGUGCUUUUGUUCAUUAUAUCUAUAUAUUGUACACAAUAUACAGUGUGAUCAUGGUCGAUUAUAAAUAAAAAUUACCUCACAAAUUGUGCUGCCUGGAGUUGCUAGCAAUGCCAUGCCAUAGGUACCAUAAAGCCCAUACAGUUGUACACUAAAGUGAUAAACCAUUUUGUUCUAUAUCAAAUACACCAUAAACUUGUAACCGUUAAAUAUUGUACUUUAUUGUACUUUAUUGUACUUAUUCUUUUUUUUACUUUUAUCAUUUGUUCUUAAAGUUUAGUAAAAAAGUAAAUAAAUAAAUAAAAGGUAAAUGAGUCAAUAAUCAUACCAAGUUGAAGCAGCCCCAAAUAUAACAAUGGGAAACGUAAAUCAGGUUUAUGAAAUAUAUUUGUAGUUGGUGGGUAUUGUAGGAAUUGCUACAUACAUGAUGAACAUGAAAGUAGACUUCAUUGCUGUUUGUAAUAUGCAGUGCUAACACAUCGGCACACUUGCUUCUGCUAUUUCUUUCUCAUAAUAUUUCUGCCACUUGCGGUCGUGAUCACACUAAAGGCUGAUGUUUCCCAUCUGUUACCGUGUUCAGAAGAAUCAUAAAUGUGACCUUUUAAGGCUAUGGUGCAUCAUGAAUUUGUGGUGAAAUUUGUGAGAUACUUUUACUGAAUGCUUGUUGUGGUUUGAUUUAGCAGCACAUGUGGGUUAAAGGCUGACUUCCUGUAAGACUUGCAGUGUCACAUGCACGGUAGCAUACAGGGAAGCUGUAACAUGUGGUGAGAUGGGGAUUUUUUUAAUUAGUCAGGGGAUUUUAGUUUUUGAUGUUUUCCAUGGCUAUAAAUUAACUACAGAAAAAUGUGUGGAAUCAUUAUUGUGGCAAUGAGUUCACUUUCAUGUUUGGUGUGAUUUAAACUUUGUGACAUGGUAUAUUAUCCUGUUGGAAACAGCCAUCAGGAAGUGAAUACACUGUGGCCAUAAAGGCUGUUCUCAGUUGGUACAAUGAUUCCCAGAGUGUGCCCCCACCAACACUACAUCUUGAUUUAGGUAGUGUGGCUAUAGUCUGUGAUGCAGUUGCGGCUAUCAUUCAAAUGUCAGUGCAGAAAUCGAACAGUUGUUUUCUGAGUUUGUGUUUUUUUACUCUACCAAUCAAAUAUUGAUUUGGUUUGACUAAUGUCUGUGGAUUGUAGUUAGUGUGUUUAACUAUAAAGCCUUUAAACAUUAUGCUACAAGUCCUGGAAAUUAUGUUACUGCUAAAAAAAAAAAGCUAGGUAGCGGUACAGCAUGUAACUUUACAGUUUUUCUAUUUUGACUGAAGUAAAGGUGAGCUGUCAUCUGUCUUAUAUCAUCACUGUGAGAUGCUGGCGUGUGGCACAGCUUACAUGUUUCGGUGUUGCUGUGGUGACUUCAGAAAGCUAUUACUCAUUACUAUAGAGCUGCGGUUGUUCGUAAAACAAGAGGAAAGGGAAAAUAUCUUGAGUAUGUGUGCAUCUAUACCCGAAACUUGCAGCAAAACGAAUGCAGCUCAAGUAAAUUACAAACAAAAAAAGAGUCCUAACAUUUAAAUAGUAUAGUAAAAUUCAUGCCCUCUAGUAGUCUAAAAGAAGCCAAUGAGAAAAAAUUCCUUUGUUCCCAUCUUCUAUGACCACACUAAACAGUUUUUAAGCGAUGAUCCCCAUUUUAAUAAAAACAGGAUUAAAGCUAUGUAUUGUUAUAGGUCAACUUACCAUAUUGUCCGUGAUAAUACCGGUAUCAUAUCAUCUGGUUUGAAACCUUGACAUAAGAUACAACAUAGAAAAUAUUUUUCAGAGUUAAAUGGUUAAGUUACUUUAGUUGUUGUUAAAGUGUAAGCAGUUAUUCUGCUGGUGGUGAUGGUGAGAAUGAAACACUCAAUUUGAGGCUUUUAAAAUGGGUUAUCCCUAACAGACUUCUCUUAUAUACUGUCUGUGGCACCGUCAGUAACAAGGCCUCAUCACUUGAAUAAACACAUACAGAAUUAAAUUUCUGCAUGUGUUUUGUUGACAUGUUGUAUAGGGCAUUUAUCUUUCUUUUAAUAAUUUUUUUUUUUCUUUUUCAUCUUUUAGACAAAAAAACCCUCACCACCACCAUAAGGAUAAACGACUAAAGCAAAUGAAGGUUAACUAUCAAACGUUUCUUUGUAAGAUGGGGCUGUGAUAUUUCUUUUCCUCGAGUUAAGCGCUCAACUCUUUGAUACUCAGGAUAAAAAUAUUCUUUUUAUGUUAUACCUGGGCUAUGUCCUAAUUUAUUUAAGCAUUAUGUAUGUUGGAAAAAUAAAGUACCGAGGACAAUGAUAUCAUUUUGAGAUUGACCUCAAGGUAAGCUCUUCACGAAAAUCUGGGUUUAACAUGUGUUUGCAUGCAUUGUCCUUGAACCUGGUUUAGUUAUUUCGUUGCUUCUAAGUCAAUACAGUGGUACCUUUUUUAAAAAUUUCCCACUGUGUGUUAAAUGCAUUAAACUUCUGUGGGUUACAGCUGAUGCUGCUAUUACUAUUUCGUAAUUUUAACUAAAAUACUCCAGAUGAUUUUUUGUGUAUGGUUUAAUUAAAGUUGCAAAGUGUUCACAUAGAAUAUGCCAGCAGUUGGCUAUCAAAUGCUCCUUCAAUUACAUAUAUUAGCCUAACAGGGCUGUUGUCCCGCCUUAAAGUGCAUGGGCCUCUGUCCUCCUGUCUUAUUAUUUAUUAGAAAAAUGUAUGCAAAUGCAUGUUUUUUAAUCAUUUAGAAUUUUAAACACUAUUGUACUGUAGUUUUAUCAGUUUUUUAAUAUAAAGCUAUCUGGUAUGAUGGUAUGUGAUGAUGUUUCUCACCAUUAUUCACGUAUACCCUUCUUGAUUCCCAAAAGUCUAACAGUUCUGUUUGAAUUUCAAAUAUAGUUACCCGUGCACAUUAUAAACCUGUAGGUAGGGAAUCGGUAGAAAAGCACUGUAAUGACAGAGAGGCUCCUUUGUUAAGAUGCACGUGCGUAUUACAGGAGACUAAGCUCAUGCUGUGUGAGCACUUUGCUUCACAUGGAGAGUAACUGUGUUGUGGAGCUGAGGAGCUGAGACCCUGAUGCCACUGUAAUCCUGAUGAUUACAGAGAGCACACAUUCUCUGUGAGGGUUGAUCACAGAGCACUGGACACAGCAGCACACACCAGUCACUUCACAGGAGGUCUUUGCGAUGUGCGGACAUGUGUCUGUGAGGGAGAGACAGACACAGAGAGGUAGAGUAUUACACAAGCACAUUAAUCUUGCAUGAAGUUAGGUGUGUGUUUAUGAUUGGUCGAUUGAACAUUCAAAUCUCACUCAGGAUGGCGGUAAACAUUGUGUGCUUCAUCUUUUUGUGUCACUUGUAAAACCCAUGCACUGCGCUGGUAUUCUUCACUGAGUGGCUAGAGGCUGCAUUUAGGAAUGCCGUUACUUCUCGUGAUGUUUCCUAAUACUCUGGAGCCCUACAGGUAUGAGCUUCAAACAGGCACGAGACACCUCUGUCUCCAUCCACACAGUAGAGACUGGGACUAAUCGCAGCGGGCGCCACACACCUCAGGAAGGUAGCAAUUUUCCAUCAUUACCGUUAAAUCCUGCUUAAAAGAACCGGAUUCCACAGGCCUAAUUACAAGGUGUUAAUAAUAACAAUGUAAUGACAGUCAUUUUAAAGCCUGCCCAAAACCAUAAUCCAUCGCCCAACUGACUCUCACAUUUAAGUGUGUAACUGCUGUGUGAUGUCUGAAUUUUGAAAGCACCAUGAUUGUUAUUGAUUGCCAUUGUGAUUACUCCAACAGUCGGUGUGGCAGGGUCUGCGCGUUGGGGCUUGAAUUAGGAGCGUCGUCAGCUUUUGUCAAAUGGAAAUGCAGCUCUACAGACAGACGCUGAUGCUUGAAGACACGGCAAGCCAAUCUACCAGCCUAAUUGCUGUACGGGACAGAGUUUAGCAGGCAGGGAAUCGAUUUACAUAUAUUAGUAAGGUUUUGUGUUCGGCCUCUGUCUCAUUUAAAAUGAUUCUGCAUUAAUUCAAGACAUCAAGCAUGACUAUGUGCAAGCUUUUUCAAUGUUAACUAAGGGUAUGCAGUUUGCAGAGUGAAAGAAAUACAGCCAGGAAACAAUCUUCCACCAUGGUAAUUACUGCUAAAUGAGGCUGAUGCGAAGCUGACCUGCUGUCUGGUUAGGGGUGUGGCAGAGUGCCCUAAACACAACGUCCAAUCACAAGUCUUCCCCCAAACCCUGGGAUCAACACUCAUCAUUGGCUGAAAGUCCCAAAUGCAUGCCAGACUUUUUCCAGCACUAACUCUGUCAGCUUUGUGACAGCUUAAGAGAAGCUACUCCAGAUUCCUCUCUGACCGGUCUCAUUCUGGGACCAGAAAAGUGUCUUAUGGAUUGUACUUAAAUUCUAAUAUUGAAAAGAAAGAGAAGAAAAAAUGUCUGCAUCUGGGGACUCAAGAAAUGAGUUUUCCACAGAAGAGGAUGCAGGAUCAACACAGCUGAAACUCGGGCGCAUGGCACAAACAUCCUGUCUUCCCUUCAGCGUUGAAGCUCUCAUGUCGGAGACGAGGCCGCAGGCUGUGACCAGCAAACAAAAGGGAAAUUAUGAUUUGAAAGAGGAUGAGGCGCACCGGACAGAUGAGUGCACCCAAAACUUAAUAUCUAUUAAAUCAGAGCCACUGGAACAACAGGAAUUUCCCUCUUGGAUAUCCAGCUCCAUUAAGAUGUCUACUCCUCCACGGCAGCUUAGUCCGGCAGUCUGCUCAUUGAGGAAGCACAAAACCAACCGUAAGCCUCGUACUCCCUUUACCACAAUGCAGCUUCUGGCCCUGGAGAGGAAAUUUCGUCAGAAGCAGUACCUGUCCAUCGCCGAGCGGGCCGAGUUCUCCUCCUCACUGUCCCUGUCCGAGACCCAAGUCAAGAUCUGGUUUCAGAAUCGACGGGCCAAAGCCAAGAGGCUUCAGGAGGCUGAAGUAGAGAAACUCAAACUAGCAGCUGGUGUAGGCUCCAAAGCUGUGUUCUACCCAGGAUUCUCAUCCUUGGGUUUUCCCCUGCACGCUGGUUCGGCAGGGCUGUAUGGACUGGGCUACUCAUACGGCCGCACCCCUGUUCUCCCUGCUGCACAUCUGGCUAUGUACGCCUCACAGGUCGGCUAUAGCCUUUUCCACCUCUCCUGAGACGAAAAAGAAAUAUACAGACAGAUUGUGCUUAAAAAAGGGAUGACAAGAGUUUAUCAUUAAAUCAUGCACCUUAUGCAAAACUUGUUUGCAUGUGACCUGAAGUGGACUUUAAGCUUCAUUGUUUGUCUUAAGAAGGAUUUACAAGUGUUCUGCUAUUUGCAAAAGACUAUGGAAGGAUACAGCAUCCCCAAGGUCCCUCUUUGCCAUUUGCAAACAUAACACCAGAAUACAUAUUGUUCAGAUUUUCACUUUGUCCUUUCUGCUCUUUUUCUAUCUCCUGAACGACUGAAGUGUUUUUCACUUGUUACCCUUCAACAGGCACUGUGAUAUUUCACUGCACCUUUGGUAAAUGACAGUUUAAAUCAUUGAAUACUCAAGUCACACAUAUUUAUUUGUAAUAGUUUUAGUCACAUACUUGAUGUUACAUACCUUCAUUUUUAUUAGUUAAUAUUUUAUGUAUAUGAUAUUAAAUUGAGAUCCUUAGCGCGCCGCCUUGUUUGCUCUCUUUAUUUGUGGCCUGCAUUCAACACAAGGUAGAAUCGGUAACCUGGUGCAGUUACUUUAAUGCAGUUGUCUGCUUCUUUUGAUGUGGUCUUCUGUUCGUACCCAAAUGGUGUUUUAGUUCUUUGUUUGGUGGCCCAUCUGCUUCUGAAAUUCAGUGGCCUCCUUUUGUUUACCACACAUGCAGGAAGAGGCUCUUUUCUUCUCAUCUCGUUCAACACACCUCAUAUGCUUUCUUCUACAGACAUGUUAAGGUCAGUGCAAAAUAUAACAUAUUUCAACUGCAAUUACACCAAAAUAACUUUUCCCUCGCCGAUUUCCUUCCCGUCAGCUGAAUGCAUUGUGAGCUCUACC